UAAACAAUAUGUAACAAGAGGCGGUGCAGCGAGCGGAGAUGUUUCGUCUGCAAAAUAUCAGUAUUUGUGAGAUCAUGUAGCUCAAAGCGUACAAUGAGUUAAGGAGGAGGUGGCAGACUCGUCAGUGUGGCGUUCAGCAGGUGAACGCUCUAUCACAGUUGACACACUCGCAUGUGUCUUCCUGGCUGACAUGUCUUCAUGUCCCGCGAUGACUGGCGUGUCCGUAUGUCCUCGCCAGCAUGACCAGUUAUUAGAAGGAAUCGGUGUCUCAUGCAAGCAGGAUAUGGCAGGACAAUGUCCAUACGUGCUCUCUUCUCCUGCAGGAGACUCAGGCAUACAUACUGCAUCUACCUCUGUUUUAGCUUCAGAGGUGGUCAAAAGGAACAGUGUUCCUCUGUCAGCUCGCAUGAAUCAGCUGCUGGAAGGCCUUAGUCAACCUGGAGACUCUCACAACCCUCCACAACCUCCACCGUGGCUCGACCGAGAUAUGUUUAACCGGGGAAGAAAGUUUUAUCAGCGUUACCUUUUUUGUCUGAGUUUUGCAGAGUUGUUGUCCCUGGUGAUGACGCUGAGCCCGGAGCGUGCACUGAAACCUCUGAUCUACACGGGGCGCUCCGACACCCCGAUCAAGGCCCUGAGACGCUACUUCUCUACGUUGCUGCACCUUAUCACUUGGUUCACGGGAGAUGUCUGGGAGCCGAGUCAUCCUGCUCAUAAGGAUAUAUUGGCCAUUCGCUCCAUUCACUGCAAGUUAGCACAAACCUUCAACAACUCCGCCUGUAAUGAGAAAUUGUCGACUAUCAGCGUUGCCAAGAAGGGACACGAAGAGCCGGCUGACUCUCUCAACUCGGCUAUUCGUCAAGAUCUACAGCGUGUGGCUGAAGACACACUUCCCACAGAGACCUCAGACGGUCCGGUUGUGUACAUAAAUCAGCUGGAUAUGAGCCUGACGCAGUACGCGUUCAUGGGGCUGGUAGUGGCCCAUCCGGAGAAGUUGGGUACUGGGUCCGCUACUGGAGAAGAGAUGGCGGGUCUGAUCCACUUCUGGCGAGGACUUGGCUGGCUCAUGGGCAUCGAGGAUCAGUACAACUUCUGCAGCGGCACAGUGGCCGAGACGAAGGCAUUGUGUCUUGAGGUGGAACGUCUUAUUUUUAUACCUCUCUUGGCCAAGGUCGACUGGAACUACGAGCACAUGGCGACCUCUCUGAUCAAGGGUAUGAGUUACAUUGUACCAGCCACGUCGUACCCCGCCAUGUUCCGCUACUUGGCAUACACCCUAGACAUUGCCGUGCCCACCUUUGUCAGCAAGAUGUCCUACCGCCACUCCUUCCACUACUGGGUGAUGCGCUGCACCUUCGCCCUCAUCCUCCUGGUGCCCUGCCUCCUGCUCCUCCUCAACCACAUGUUCAACUCUCUCAUUGAUAAACUUCAGAAAGAUAACAGCAAGUUUAAGCUGACAAUGUCUGGAGGUUCCAAGUCUGUGGCGACGCCUUCUGACCACUGAUGGUGUGACUCCUGACCACUGAUGGUGUGACUCCUGACCACUGAUGGUGUGACUCCUGACCACUGAUGGUGUGACUCCUGACCACUGAUGGUGUGACUCCUGACCACUGAUGGUGUGACUCCUGACCACUGAUGGUGUGACUCCUGACCACUGAUGGUGUGACUCCUGACCACUGAUGGUGUGACUCCUGACCACUGAUGGUGUGACUCCUGACCACUGAUGGUGUGACUCCUGACCACUGAUGGUGUGACUCCUGACCACUGAUGGUGUGACUCCUGACCACUGAUGGUGUGACUCCU